CGGUCGCGUCAACUACAUUGCUACGUACGUAUACGGCGGUUGAACGCGACGCCGGCGAGUCUCGCUCGUUCGGGCCCAUGUGUUCGGGAGUCGAAAGGGCGGCGAGGCCAACUAUAGUCGGGCAUUUGGCGAUGGUUCGCAGCUAAAGCCGCGCGAGGCGAGGGGCUCAUCGCGCUGCACGCACGCCGUCGCUCCAUUCGCCGCACCACCAGACAAAAUGUCGUCGCCUAGACUGCCGUCUGACGUAGUCAAAUGACAAUAACUAGUUUAAAGUGGGAGCGCUCAUGAGACAGUCUUGCCAUCGUCUGCUCGAGCACCAGCAGGGAGGCGUGGACGAGCCUCCCCUCUAUUCACCCAUUGAUCAAAUUUCAGUGGUACCUGAGCAUGUGGCCAGGGAGGGCGGCGGCAAGCUGACACGAUAUGCGACGACGGAAGAGGACGAAGCGACACUCAGGGAGCUUUUACUUAGCCGGCCCGCCAAACUCCUUCAGAGACAGGUGAGCGUGAUGAGCAUGAAUCUGUCAGCGAAGCUGGAUGACCUGCAGCGCGGAGACCGCCAGCUGGAGACCACAGUCGCCCUCUGCGAGAUUCGGACGCAGCUCCAGGAGCUCACCAAGAGCGUAGAGUCAUGCCAGAGUGAAGUCUCAGAGGUGAAACGCGACAUGGUGGCGAUCAAGCAAGAGCUGGACACGGUGCAGCAAGUGAAAGAGGAGAUCGAGGAACUGCGGGAGUAUGUCGACCGGCUGGAGGAGCACUCACAACGGAGGAAGUUACGACUACUUGAACAGGGCCUAACCUUCUUCCUGUCGUAUGCAAUCCUCGCGGCUGUACUGGGUAUGCUGCAGUUCGGCUACAACACCGGAGUCAUCAACGCGCCUGGCCGAAAUAUUGAGAACUUCAUGAAGGACGUGUAUAAAGAUCGGUACGGGAAGGAUAUUCAUGAGGACACGGUGAACCAACUGUACUCCAUUGCUGUAAGCAUCUUCGCGAUUGGAGGCAUGCUUGGCGGAUUCUCGGGCGGCAUGAUUGCAAACCGUUUUGGGAGGAAAGGCGGACUGUUGUUGAACAACAUUCUGGGUAUCAGCGGAGCUAGUCUCAUGGGUUUCACCAAGAUCUCCCACUGCUACGAGAUGCUUUUCUUCGGCAGGUUCAUUAUCGGCGUCAACUGCGGACUGAACACCUCACUAGUGCCAAUGUACAUAUCGGAGAUCGCGCCACUCAACCUGCGCGGUGGGCUCGGCACGGUAAACCAGCUAGCUGUGACUGUGGGUUUACUGCUUUCACAGGUGCUCGGCAUCGAACAGAUUCUUGGCACCGAUGAGGGCUGGCCCAUUUUGUUGGGAUUGGCGGUUUGCCCAGCGGUGCUGCAGUUGCUAUUGCUGCCGGCAUGCCCGGAGUCACCGCGGUACCUGCUCAUCACCCGUCAGUGGGAAGAAGAGGCACGACGCGCGCUUAGGAGGUUAAGAGCCAGCAACCAGGUGGAGGAGGACAUCGAAGAGAUGCGGGCUGAAGAACGUGCUCAGCAGGCAGAAGCAUCGAUUUCGAUGCGCGAGCUGCUUUGCUCGCCCACACUGCGUGCACCACUGCUUAUCGGCGUCGUUAUGCAGUUGUCGCAGCAGCUCAGUGGCAUCAAUGCGGUGUUCUACUACUCAACAUCACUGUUUACAUCAUCGGGGCUGACGGAAGAGUCGGCGAAGUUUGCAACGAUGGGGAUCGGUGCAAUCAUGGUUGGGAUGACCUUGGUCUCUCUCCCCUUGAUGGAUCGCACCGGAAGACGUACGCUGCACCUCUACGGCCUGGGAGGAAUGUUCAUCUUCUCCAUUUUCAUCACUAUUUCUUUCCUCAUAAAGGAAAUGAUAGAUUGGAUGAGCUACCUGUCAGUGGUGUCCACGCUGAGUUUCGUGGUUUUCUUCGCUGUGGGCCCCGGCUCGAUCCCGUGGCUCAUCACCGCCGAGCUGUUUUCACAGGGACCGCGACCCAGCGCAAUGGCCAUCGCAGUUUUAGUUAAUUGGUUAGCCAAUUUCAUCGUUGGAAUCGGCUUUCCUAGCAUGAAGGCACUAUUGGAAAACUAUACAUUCCUGCCUUUUAGUGUAUUCCUUGCAAUUUUUUGGAUAUUUACGUACAAAAAAGUUCCUGAAACCAAAAAUAAAACCUUCGAGGAGAUAUUGGCACUGUUCCGGAAU